AUGAUUUUAGUAAUCAUUGUGUCUCGUGUUCCUGAUCAUUCAAAGUCCCAGCACGAGCAGCAGAUCUCUGUCUGUGUCUUUGUGCAGUGGGUCCACGUGAUCUGUGCAAUAACAGUCCCUGAGGUGAAGUUUCUCAAUGUGUUGGAAAGGAAUCCAGUUGAUGCCAGUGGGAUUCCAGAGCAGAGAUGGAAGUUGAAAUGCAUCUACUGCAGGAUGCGAGUGCGGAGCGUCUCGGGAGCCUGCAUCCAGUGUUCGCACGAGCACUGCUCGACGUCGUUUCAUGUGACGUGCGCUCACGCUGCCGGGGUACUGAUGGAACCGGACGACUGGCCGUACCUCGUCUCCAUCACCUGCUUCAAGCACAAAACAACCAAUCAGAGUUUACUCACUCAAAUGGCUGUUCUUUGUGUGCGAGGCUCAACUGCAGACUCUCCAUGGGGCAUGUGUUCAGCUUCAGAAACGAGGCCAAGGCAGUCCAAUCAACACCGUGACCUCCGGGUCUUAUCGCUAGGGCAGAUGGUCAUCGCAAAGAAACGGAACGGACUUUACUACAAGUGUAAGGUGAUCGGCACAUCCGCCCAAACCUUUUACGAGAUUAAUUUUGAAGACGGAUCGUACAGUGACGAUGUGUACCCGGAAAACAUUGUCAGCAGGGACUGUUUGCAGCACGGCUCACCCACAGAGGGAGAAGUUAUCCAGGUGCGAUGGACUGAUGGUCUGGUGUACAGUGCCAAGUUUAUCACUUCUGAUCUCCGGUAUACCUAUCAGGUGGAAUUUGAGGGAGGUUCCCAGAUGACCUUGAAGAGAGAAGACCUGUACUCGUUGGAGGAGGAGUUGCCCAAGCGAGUGAAAGCACGACUGUCACGGCUCACUGCCUCUCCACACGAGGACAUGCUCUCUGGGGAAGAGGCUAAGGAGGCCAAGCGAGCUAGACCAUCCAGCUCAUCCUCAUCCAGCUCCAAACAUCCAGAAGACUCCGCUAACAAGGACUACACUCAGAGUCCCGACUAUCUUGCUUUCAUGGAAAGCUUCUUUCACUCACAAUACCAGCAGGGAUAUUAG